CGUCCCGAAUCCCUCCCGGUUGUACCCGACUGCGAAACACGCCCGGCGCUCCCAGCACGAAGCGCUCUUAGGAGACAUUCAAUUUGCGGCAACGAAGCUCCCCGUGGUACACCCAGUCAUCGUCUUGAAAGAUGUGGCCUUGGAGCAGCGGCUCGGACAAGCCUUCGGGGUCGACGCCCCAAAACGACGCUGCCAAGGCAUCCGCGCCUCAGAGUGCGAUAGACGACCCGAAGACUGAUCUCGACUCCAACAAGCUGCCGGACCGACAAAAGCUCCCUAAAAAGCUGCAAAAGAUCGUCGAGAAAUCGGACAAGGAGGAGAACUUCUUUGACGAGCUCGUCGAGGGAUAUGCACCGCCAUCCACCGAUUCCAACGUCCGCUAUGCCGCCUACGCCUCGCGCUUCCGCACCAUCCUCCUCUCCGCCCACCGCUACGUGGCCUACACGUCCGACAUAGGCGAGUCGUUCCGCCCCGUCGCGCACCCGUGGCUCGUCCGUGGCGCCUACGGCGUCUCGUGGGCCUACAUCCUCGGCGACGUCGGCUACGAGGGCUACAAGGCGUACUGGCACAACCAGCGGGUGCGCAACCCGCACCUGGAGCUGUCGACGCGGCAGCAGCAGCUCCUCGGCGUCGACCUGACCGCCGCGCCCGGGUCGUCGCCCGCCCCGGCUGCGCCCGGCACCGUGCCGCCGCUGGAGGACUGGCGCACGGUGAUGCUGCAGCGCGGCAUCUUCCAGAGCAUUGCCAGCAUGGGGCUGCCGGCGUUCACGAUUCACAGCGUCGUGCGCUACAGCGGGCGGGCAAUGAAGGACGUGAAGAACGCGACGCUGAGGACGUGGGCGCCGAUCGGCCUGGGGCUUUCGGUUGUGCCGUUCCUGCCGAAGAUCUUCGACAAGCCCGUCGAGAACGCGGUUGAGUGGGCGUUCCACAAGGGCUUCGAGACGUUUGGCGGCCACGAGGCGGUGGGGAAUGCGCCGCUGAUUGGCAGAGAAAAACAACUGAGCGAGCGCCCUAAGGAGAAGAAGGAGUGAGACAGCUCAGAGAUGUCAUUGGAUAUAGACAGCGGUGUUUCUGUGCAACUGUACUUCUUCGUAUAUUCGCAACUCCGGAUCAUAACAUGAUGUCGCUCAUCAUCGCUCGAAUAUUUCCCUUUGUUGCACAACAUGUUCAACCUUAGAAAGUAGACCG